GUCGCCGCCACCGUCACCGCCACUGCCCGGUCCAGGCCCAAGCCCAGGCCUACGCAGAGCGGAGCGGCGCGGCGUCCACCCGGGCCCAGCUAGCCGGCGCGGCGGGGGCGGGUCCAGGAUCUUCGGCUGAUCUUCAUUCUCAAGGCGGGAGCGGGAGUCCGGGCGCCCAGGAUCUGGCUGGGCCCGCGCCCAUGGCAAGCGCGGCCUGCCCGGGCCCCGGGGACCCUGCCAUGUGAGGCAGGCCCGGGCUGGGGGCCCGGCCAUGGCCGGGGAACGGCCCCCACUGCGGGGCCCUGGGCCCGGGCCUGGAGAGGUGCCGGGGGAGGGGCCCCCGGGGCCGGGGGGCGCGGGCGGAGGCCCGGGCCGCGGCCGCCCCUCCUCCUACCGGGCUCUCCGCAGCGCCGUGUCUAGCCUGGCCCGUGUGGACGAUUUUCACUGCGCGGAGAAGAUCGGGGCCGGCUUCUUCUCUGAGGUCUACAAGGUUCGGCACCGACAGUCAGGGCAAGUCAUGGUGCUGAAGAUGAACAAGCUCCCCAGUAACCGGGGCAACACACUACGAGAAGUGCAACUGAUGAACCGGCUCAGGCACCCCAACAUCCUAAGGUUCAUGGGGGUCUGUGUGCACCAGGGACAGCUGCACGCUCUUACAGAGUAUAUGAAUGGGGGGACCUUGGAACAGCUGCUCAGCUCCCCUGAACCCCUAUCCUGGCCUGUCAGGCUCCGCCUGGCCCUGGACAUUGCCCGAGGCCUGCGGUACCUGCACUCCAAAGGUGUAUUUCACCGGGACCUUACAUCCAAGAACUGUCUAGUCCGACGGGAAGAUCGAGGCUUCACCGCUGUCGUGGGUGACUUCGGGCUGGCUGAAAAGAUUCCUGUGUAUAGGGAGGGGGCAAGAAAGGAGCCAUUGGCUGUGGUGGGCUCCCCAUACUGGAUGGCUCCAGAGGUGUUACGGGGUGAGCUGUAUGAUGAGAAGGCUGAUGUCUUUGCCUUCGGAAUUGUCCUCUGUGAGCUCAUCGCCCGAGUACCUGCAGACCCUGACUACCUACCACGCACUGAGGACUUUGGCCUGGAUGUGCCUGCCUUCCGAACUCUAGUGGGGGAUGACUGUCCACUGCCUUUCCUGCUUCUGGCCAUCCACUGCUGCAGCCUGGAACCCAGCACCCGUGCCCCCUUCACCGAAAUCACCCAGCACCUGGAAUGGAUCCUGGAGCAGCUGCCUGAGCCAGCCCCACUCACCAGGACUCCCCUGACACACAAUCAGGGCUCUGUUCCAAGAGGGGGUCCCUCUGCCACGCUUCCUAGGCCAGACCCCCGGCUUUCCCGAAGCCGGUCAGACCUCUUCCUGCCCCCAUCACCAGAAUCACCCCCAAACUGGGGUGACAAUCUGACUCGAGUCAACCCCUUCUCACUACGGGAAGACCUCAGGGGUGGCAAGAUCAAGCUUUUGGACACACCCAGCAAGCCAGUCCUGCCUCUUGUGCCACCAUCGCCAUUCCCCUCCACUCAGCUGCCCUUGGUGACCACCCCGGAGACGCUGGUCCAGCCUGGAACACCUGCCCGCCGCUGCCGCUCACUACCUUCAUCCCCUGAGCUCCCCCGCCGUAUGGAGACAGCACUUCCAGGUCCUGGCCCUCCCCCCGUGGGCCCCUCGGCUGAAGAGAAGAUGGAGUGUGAGGGCAGCAGCCCUGAGCCGGAACCUCCAGGACCAGCGCCCCAGCUGCCUCUGGCUGUGGCCACAGACAACUUCAUCAGCACCUGUUCCUCGGCCACCCAACCCUGGUCCCCUAGAUCAGGACCUGUCCUCAAUAACAAUCCCCCAGCUGUGGUGGUGAACUCCCCACAAGGCUGGGCUGGGGAGCCCUGGAACCGGGCCCAGCAUAGCCUGCCCCGGGCGGCAGCCCUGGAGCGGACAGAACCCUCGCCACCCCCUUCAGCUCCCCGGGAGCCUGAUGAGGGGCUGCCCUGUCCUGGCUGCUGCCUCGGCCCCUUCAGCUUUGGCUUCCUGUCCAUGUGCCCCCGCCCCACACCAGCUGUUGCCCGCUACCGCAACCUGAACUGUGAGGCGGGCAGUCUCCUCUGCCACCGAGGGCACCAUGCCAAGCCACCCACACCCAGCCUGCAACUGCCCGGGGCACGCUCUUAGCAUUGGAGCCUGUGGUCUCAGUCCUCCAACUUUGGCCUUCAGGACACCCUGUAAGAACAGAGCACACUUGCUGGACAGUGCCAGUUCCAGAUGGGCUGACCGGCUCUUCUCCCUGUGUAGGGGAGCCCCAGCAUGGACUCGAGGGACAGAGCACUUCCAGUUCAAUCCCCGGCUCGUGUUCCCAUGGGGAUCACUGAACCAGACACAGCAUUGCUGACACAUGAGACUAACACGUGCAAUUAUUUAAAAAGAUUUCAAUAAAACUGCCUGGCUGGCUCCGGGCCGCCCCUAUCCACUCAACCCGUGCGCCCUCC